UGUGCACUGUGCAAAAUGAUGUGGUUAGUUAACUCGGAUCCUGUAUAUCACUGUAUAUAUUUAUAUAUUUAGUGUAAGCAGCUGAUUCUCACUGUUUGCUCACAAAAAUCUCUGCUAUACUUUUUUUUUUUUAAGUAAAUCCAACAAAGUCAUUUAAAUAUUAUAAAUAUUGUGUUUUAGUAAAUCUAAUAUACAUAUAUAUAUAAUGACGGGAAAAAAUCAAGAAGCAACAGAUAACAGUGAUGCAACGAAAAUUAAAAUAAUAACGGAAAAAAUAAAAUCACUGGAAGAUAAUGUAACAAAGGUGCGUAAAGAAGUUAGUAAUUGCUUUGAAGAUUUAAAAAAUUCAAUAAUGGCAAGAGAGAAACAGUUGCUUCGACAAAUAGAGGCUAUUCAUAAUCAGCAACUAUCUAUAAUUCAGUCCGAUUGGAAACUAGUUAACUCAAUACCUGCUAUUGGAGUUGAUUUGGUAAAUGAUUGCAAAGAUAUUAGUUUGUCGAUUAUUAAACUUGGUAAAAUUGAAUUUCCUGAUAGUAAAGACAAUUUAAUUGUUAAAAAUAUCGAACCGUACAGUAUUCAUGAAUACGAAGAUGACAAAAAAGAUCAUAUUACUUUUGAUAAAUCAAUACAAGUUAAUGAAAACUAUGAUAAUAUUAUAAUUAAAUUAUCAGAUGUUACUUUUUCAAAUGUUUCAAAAACUGAUAACAGUUCUGAUAGUAUUUUAAAAUCUAAAAUUAAUUUAAGCUCUCAAUUAUCGCUUGAUUAUAAAACUGAUAACGAUUGCUCACCGUUGUGUUCAAAAAACAAUUAUAAUAAUGAUGAUAAUGAUGAUGAUCGUGAUAUUGAUACUGUGGAUGUAAAUAAUUAUUCUGAUGAUAACUUAAUUAACAUAUCGGGUGAUAAUAAUAAAACAAUAAAUUCAACUUUAAAUGUUUAUUCAGAGUUAGAAAUAGCUUCUCAUAAUAAUCUUCCGCAGCAAACAAUUGUUAUCGAUAAUAAUAAUAGUAUUGAAAAUAAACAAAUUACUGAUGAACAUCCAAAACAAAUUCAACAGUGGCUUCAGCAAAUAUUAAUUGAAAGUGAAACAGAACCCUCAAUACAAGAAAUUGGUAAUAUUACCGAUGAAAUUUCGAAAUUUUGCUGCUCCGAAUCUUUAGUAGAAACUUAAAUAUUUUACUUAAUUCAGUAAUUAUAAUUUUUUUAUAGUCUGUAAUUUAUUUAUAAUAUAUAUUUUAUGUAUUUAUGUUCUAUCGGGGCCAAAAACUAAACCAAUGAAAAAGUCUGACGAUACGUUACGCAUUUUUUUAUGUAUACAAGUAAAAUAGUUAACGACUAUUUUACACAGCAUUUUGUCGCUUUGUACUUUAUAUAAAUGUAUGUAUACUUUUUUUUUUUUUAUUUUUUAUUUUUAAAUUUGAUAAAAUUAGCUUUUUUAUCGUAUACAAUUCCCGAGCAUUUAUUGUAAUUUUAUUUUUUUUUCUUAAUAAAAAUCAGACAAGAACUCAAAUUUUUCAAUAAAUAACGCUCUUAUUUAAAAAUUUUUCUGUUUUAUAUAGAAAUGUGAUAAUACAGUAGUACAAUAAGUUGAAAUACAAAUUUAAAUUUAUUCUGGUAAGGA